CCUUGUUAAAAUACGAGGGCUUGUUUGGCUUUCUUUUUCUUGCCCUCUUUUCUUUUGACCUUUGAAAAAAAGACUAAUGAAGUAACAAAUUCGACAACCUUGCUCGAGUUUCACUUGUGCUCAAACAGACGCUCUCUCGCUCUCCCCAGCUCGCAUAGCAACCUGAGCUUUUAUUUCACGAAAUAGGGUUUUAGCAAAUGGGCGACGAAACCGGAGGCGCAUCACUACCAUCAACAGGAACAGACGCAAAGAAACGCCGAGUAACCUAUUUCUACGAACCCACAAUCGGCAACUACUAUUAUGGCCAAGGACACCCAAUGAAACCCCAUCGAAUCCGCAUGGCUCACAAUUUAAUUGUUCACUAUUCUCUUCACCGUCGCAUGGAAAUCAACCGCCCAUUCCCCGCCUCCACCAUCGAUAUCCGGAAAUUCCAUUCCGACGAUUACGUGGAUUUCUUGUCUUCGGUCUCUCCGGAAUCACUUGCGGACCCGGCUCAUAAUAGACAUUUAAAGAGGUUCAACGUUGGUGAAGAUUGUCCAGUUUUUGAUGGGCUAUUUGGUUUUUGUCAAGCGUCUGCUGGUGGGUCAAUGGGUGCUGCUGUUAAGCUUAAUAGAGGUGAUGCUGAUAUUGCUUUGAAUUGGGCUGGUGGGUUACAUCAUGCUAAGAAAAGUGAAGCUUCUGGGUUUUGUUAUGUUAAUGAUAUUGUGCUUGGGAUUCUUGAGUUACUCAAGGUUCACAGGCGUGUCCUAUAUGUUGAUAUUGAUGUCCACCAUGGAGAUGGCGUUGAGGAGGCAUUCUAUACUACCGACAGGGUCAUGACGGUGUCUUUUCAUAAAUUUGGAGAUUUCUUUCCAGGGACAGGGCACAUAAAGGAUACUGGUGCUGGUCAAGGCAAGAAUUAUGCCCUGAAUAUCCCAUUGAAUGACGGGAUGGAUGAUGUAAGUUUUCGUGCUCUUUUUCGGCCCAUCAUCCAAAAAGUUAUGGAGGUUUAUCAGCCUGAUGCUGUUGUUCUCCAAUGCGGAGCAGAUUCUUUGACUGGUGAUAGGUUGGGGUGCUUCAACUUGUCUGUGAAGGGCCAUGCAGAUUGCCUUCGUUUUCUUAGGUCUUUCAAUGUUCCUCUGAUGGUUUUGGGUGGUGGCGGAUAUACUAUCCGAAAUGUUGCCCGUUGCUGGUGCUAUGAGACGGCAGUUGCAGUUGGGGUAGAACCGGAUAAUAAAUUGCCUUACAAUGAAUACUAUGAGUACUUUGGUCCAGAUUACACACUUCACAUAGAUCCAUCUAACAUGGAGAACCUAAACUCACCAAAAGAUAUGGAGAGGAUAAGGAACAUACUACUAGAGCAACUUUCUAAACUCCCUAAUGCACCCAGUGUGCCUUUUCAGACAACACCAGCCAUAACCGAAGUUCCAGAAGAGGGUGACGAGGAAAUGGAUCGAAGACCUAAACGCCGCAUUUGGGAUGGCGAGGGUUAUGAGUCUCCUGAUGAAGAUGAGAAGCCCCAGCCGAGAAGGUUGAACAGCGAUGGUCUGGUAGCAAAGGAUGAGAUGAGGGAUCAUAUAGAUGAAAUGGAAGAAGACAAAAAAGACGUGCAUCCACAAUGUUGACUCAUGGAACUGUCUCUUUUUCUUUCUUUUUUCAAUGCAGCUCAAUAUCCCAUAGACUUGGCGAUCUUUCCGCCACAAGAGAGCUUAUACUUCCAAAACUACAGGAUUUCACUAGUUGGAAGGGUGUGUUUUUCUUUGGGAGAUUUAUGUGAUGAAAGCAUAGACCAACAGUUAAACUCCUGCAGUCACCCUAUUGUUUGAAAUUGUAGUAUCAUAGGAUCAGACUAGAUUAAAUUAUAAUUACGACUUACCUUUUUUUUUUUUUUUUUUUGUUGGGCCGCAGAAGACAAUUCUGUGGGACUUGAGGUCAAUUUUUGUUCUCUUGUAUGAUAUGUAAAUAUUUUAUGCAAGGGUCAACCUUUGUCAAUCUAAUUCAUGUCUCCUUCCUUUAUAA